AUGGUGGACGAGAUCUCGGCUACGCCGGUGAACACCCCACCACCUCCACCCUGCCUGAACCACCUGGCACCUGGCCCUCGGCGGCUGGUGCGCCCACUCAAGCUGGGGCCCAGGCCCGAGCGUGGUCGCUCCGGCUUCCGUUCCUGGCUGCCGGCUGUUCCUGCCUGCCGUUCCUGCUUGUCGGAAUACCAGCGCGCAAAGGUCCGACUAAAUUGGGAGCGCGAGAGCGCGCGGAAAGCGCGCCAACUACAGCUGCAGGCGCAACAACAACAGCAGCAGCUAGCAGAACAACAACAACGGCAGCAGCAGCUGCUAGAUGCACCUCCAGCCUCCCCUGACCUUCCCGAGCCGGCCGCUACAACCACGGCCAGCACGGUCGACUCCUCGACUGCGGAAGCUGGGGAGAUGGACACUACAGCGGCCUCGCGAAAGCGGGUACGCGACGACGACCCUUUGGAAUGCCCGCGCAAGCAGCCAACCAAAGACGCAACUGCAGGAGACACACCCGACGGUUCCCCCUCGACGCGGGACGACUCGGCGUGCGUUGCUGCACCCCCCACUUCUCCCCUCCCGUCUGAGACCACCGGCGAUAGUGUGGCUGCUACCCCUGCGGCCCCCAUCAGGAUCGUCGGCGGGAAAAGGCGCCGAGGACAGCGGAAAACACGCUCCAAGCGCCGGCGGAAGCAGCGCGUGUUCGAGCCAUCAACAACAGUGGCCCCGGCAGCUCCGAGGCCCGCAAACACCACGGUCACCGCGCCGCACCCACCGCCUGCCGAGGAAGACUUCGUGACGGUCGUCUCCAAGGCAGCACAACGGAGGGCGAAGGCGCUGGCGGCCGCUGCCAUUGCGACUGAUCCGGCAGUCAUGGGGACUGUUUUGUACCGUCCCUCAGCCCCUGGCGGUACCUUCAAGGGAUCGCCACGCCUGACUCUCGCGGCGGCGUUUGCUAUGCGGCCUGAUGUCGUGGCGGUGCGCAUCAACCACCGCCGCAACAUCGUGGCUGCAGACGCAUCGACGCAGCCGUGUUUGUCAGAGCUCCUGACCAUCAAGGAGCUCAACGGCAUUCCCGUCACCGCCAGGGUGCCUGCGGAUCGGCGCACGAGCGUCGGCUUCGUGCACGGCGUUGACGGCGAGCCCUCGGACAAGCAGCUGCUCGAGGGCAUCACAUCGACGGUCCGGUGGUUGCGGCGACCGGGCAGGGGCAGCACGGUGCGGCUGCAGUUUGCGGCAGCCAACCACCUGAGCGCGUCUCCCUCUGCGGGAUCUGGCUUCGAGUACGGCAUGCCAGACCGCGUCCCAUCCAGUGCCGACAAUGCGGGCGCCUCGGGCACGUCACCGAGGCAUGCGAGCGUGUCGGCAACUGCCUCACAUGCGGCCAACAUCAUCAGGCCACCGCCGUCUGCCGUCUUCGCUGCGUCAACUGCAGAGGGAGACACGCAGCCGACAACCCCACCUGCCCUCGCUGUACGCGAGGAGUCCCGUGAGGUGCGCUCCUAUGCUGCUGCGGUGAAAACCAACCUUCCCGAGAGCGACACCACGGAUCCCGGCCUGCAGCGCCCUAUUCCUGCGCCGCGCCGAUCCCUCCUGCUACCGGCGAGCUCCCCGAUCUCGAGCCCGCCUGCCGCACCACCCGCUGAGCCCUCCGAGGACCCCCGGGAUGCCCUUAUCACUAGCCUUCUUGCCGCGCUUCGGGAGGUGGGAAACUACCUCCCCGACGGCCACCCCAUGCGUGCUGUCUGCCUCCAAGCAGCUGGCGUGCAGCCCGGUGCCCCCAAGAAGGAUUAA